AUGUUUGUCGCCACAACAAUCCACCCCUCAACAGCUGCAGCAGCAGCAGCAGCAGAAGUAGCAGCAGUAGUAGUAGCAGCAGCAGCAGAAGGGGAGCAGCCACAGCACCGCAUCAGCAGCAGCAACAGCAGCAGCAACCACUAUAGCAGCAACAACUCAUUUAUCCUCUCCUACACCCGCCACAGCAACCCGCCCCAUCCCCUACAGCAGCAGCAGCAACAGCAGCAGCAGCAGCAGCAGCAACAGCAGCAGCAGCAGCAGCAGCAGCAGAGGUGUACGUACACCUGGCUGUCUUUCAAAGACGCCGCUCUCCCCCGCAUAUCGACCCUCCCGCCCUCCUCCGCUCUCACGCAUGCCCCGCCCCUGCAGCAGCAGCAGCAGCAGCAGCAGCAGCAGCAGCAGCAACAGCAGCAAGAGUGGCAGCAGCGGGGGCGUAAGCGGUAA